AUGGAUCAAAGUGCCUUGAAAAGAAGCAGUUGGACUCAAUUUUUAAGGUAGGAGUGUUUUUGUUUUGUGUGUGUGUGUGUGUGUGUGUGUGUGUGUGUGUUUUCUGGGUGGGACAUUUAAAUUUUUUAUUUUUAUUUUUAUGUAUUAUUUAUUAUUAUUAUUAUUAUUAUUAUUAUUUGUAUAUGUGUUUGUGGUGAUUUCAUAACGACACACAAUGCAUGCACAUACAAACAUUUAUUUCUACUUGAUAUAGACCUCCCAUCCAUUCCAAUUGUUCAUAAAUUAAGCUAAUAAUGAUUACUCCAUCCUGUUCUUUAGGCCACUGUGGAAGCUGAUUUCCACCACAGUAUGAAAACAGUAUGUGAAACAAGUAGUACAUCCAAAUUCUUGGUAUUCAUAAAAAAGUAGGCAAAAAAAGUAUCCGGAUGACAUACUGGUUCUGUCGAGAUUCUAAAAUACAUAUCUGAUGAACACUGUUGCAUGAGGCCACAGGAUAGGAGUCAAAAUUGCAAAUGUGCCUUCGUCAACUUAAGGCACUCUUUCGGAGUAUCCCGUGUGGACAGGUUUGUUAAAUAGCCUAAAUGGUAGCACUGUACUCUUUCGGUAGACUACUAAAAUAUAAAGUAAAAUACACAAAUAAUAAGUUACUUCUGUUUCUAAAUAAAUAUAGCAAUAUUUGAUGUCAUCAAAUUACAAGUGAAAAAAAAUCUUUUUUAAUACUUGGUCAGUGACUUGUGUGCACUGAUGAUUUUGUUGAGCCUAUCUGUUACUGAAUGGAGAUUCUUUUUUUCUCUUUUUUUUUUUUUUUUUUUUUUUUUUUUUUAAAUAUGCACUGUGAUUACACACUGAUUUCAGGUGCUUAAGACCAAAAUCAUCUCUUUGAUGAAGAAAGAGCUGAAGAGGUUCAAGAGAUUACUGAGCCCAGAUUACCCAGCAUCUUCUGAGAAUGAGCAGGAGGAUGAUGGUGAAGGUCAGGACAGAGUCAAAGAGGGGAUUCUGAAAAUCACACUGCACUUGUUGAGGGAGAUGAAUCAGACAGACCUCGCAAACACACUGCAAACCAAAUGUGCCCCUGUAUGUCAACAAAAACUUAAAUCCAGACUUAAAGAAAAAUUUCAGAGAAUUAAUGAAGGAAUCUCCUAUCAAAUGAGCUCAACACUUCUUAAUGAGAUCUACACAGAGCUCUACAUCACAGAAGGAUGGAUUGGAGAAGUCAAUAAUGAGCAUGAGGUGAGACAGAUUGAAAAAACAUCCAGGAGACCAGAGAUACAGGAAACCCCAAUAAAAUGCAAUGACAUCUUUAAAGCCUUACCUGGACAAAACAAACCCAUCAGAACUGUGCUGACUAAAGGAGUUGCUGGAAUUGGAAAAACAGUCUCUGUACAGAAGUUCAUUCUGGACUGGUCGGAAGGAAACAAUAAUCAGGAUGUUCACUUCAUAUUUCCACUUCCUUUCAGAGAGCUCAAUCUGAUGAAGGAGAAAAACAUCAGUCUCAUGGAGCUUCUUAAUCUUUUUUUCAAAGAUACGAAAGAACUGAGACCAAGAGACUAUGAGGAUUCCAAGAUUUUGUUCAUAUUUGAUGGAAUGGAUGAAUGUCGACUUCCUUUAGAUUUCACAAAAAAUCAGAACUUGUUUGAUGCAACAGAAUCAGCCUCAGUGGAUGUGCUUCUGUCCAAUCUCAUCAAGGGGAAUCUGCUUCCUUCUGCUCUCAUCUGGAUCACCUCUAGACCAGCAGCAACCAGUCAGAUCCCUCCUGAGUGUGUCGACCAGGUCACAGAGGUCCGAGGGUUCAAUGACUCUCAGAAGGCAGAGUAUUUCAAGAAGAAAAUACAUGAUCAUAGUCUGGCAAACAGAAUCAUCUCACACGUGAAAUCAUCAAGAAGUCUGUACAUCAUGUGUCACAUCCCAGUAUUCUGCUGGAUUUCAGCCACUGUUCUGAAGAGAAUGCUGGGUGAAGCAGAGAGUACAGAGAUUCCCAAGACUCUCACUCAAAUGUUCACUCACUUUCUGAUCUUUCAGACCAAACUGAAGACUGAAAAGUAUGAUGGUAACUGUGACGUCGAUCUUCAGCUGACACAGAAUAAUAUUCUGUCACUAGGAAAGCUAGCUUUUGAGCAACUAGAAAAAGGGAACCUGAUCUUCUAUGAGGAGGAUUUGAGAGAGUGUGGCAUUGAUGUCAAAGAAGCGUCGGUGUACUCCGGAAUUUGCACUCAGAUCUUCAGAGAGGAAUUUGAAUUGUACCUGGGGAAGGUUUACAGCUUUGUGCACUUGAGCAUUCAGGAGUUUCUUGCAGCCCUAUUCAAGCUCAUUUCCUUUAUUGGAAACAAGGAACACAACUCAAAAAUAACUGAGUUUCUUAAGAGUGAAGUGAACCGGGCCAUACAGAGUGAGAGUGGACACCUGGAUCUUUUCCUCCGAUUCCUUCUGGGUCUCUCGUCGGUGUCCAGUCAGGCUCUUCUACGAGGCCUGAUGGCACAGACAGAAAGCAUCUCCUCCAGCCAAGAGGAAAUAGUUGAGCACAUCAAGAUGAAGAUCAGGGAGAAUUCCUCUCCAGAGAAAUCCAUAAAUCUGUUCCACUGUCUGAAUGAACUGAAUGAUCAUUCACUAGUACAGGAAGUCCAGACAUACCUGAGCAGAACAGGUGCAAGCCGACUGUCUGGAGUCCAACUCUCUCCUUCUCAGUGGUCAGCUCUGGUGUUUGUGUUGCUAAACUCAGACAAGGAGCUGGAUGAGUUUAAUCUAAGCGAAUAUGAUCAAUCAGAGGAAUGUCUUUUGAGGCUGCUGCCAGUAAUGAAAACAUCUAGAAAAGCAGAUCUGAGUGACUGUGGUCUCACAGAAAAAAGUUGUUUGGCACUGGCCUCAGCUCUCAGCUCGAACUCUGCAAGUCUGAAAGAGCUGAACCUGAGUAACAACAACCUAGAAGAUUCAGGACAGAAGCACCUCUCUGUUGGACUGAAGAAUCCUCAAUGUAAACUGGAGACAUUAAAGCUGUCUGGGUGCCUAAUUAGAGAGGAAGGUUGUUCUGCUCUGGCUUCAGCUCUGAGAUUAAACCCCUCACACCUGAGAGAACUGGAUCUAAAUUGGAACAAACCAGGAGACACAGGAGUGAAGCUUCUUUCUGUUGUACUGAAGGAUCCACAAUGUAAACUGGAGAAACUGCAACUGUGGGACUGUAAUAUUGGAGAGGAAGGCUGUACUGCUCUGGCUUCAGCUCUAAGAUCAAACCCCUCACAUCUGAGAGAACUCAAUCUGAGCUAUAAUAAACCAGGAUGUUCAGGAAUGAAGCAACUCUCAGCUCUACUAAGGGAUCAACGUUGUAAACUGAUGAAAUUAAUGCUGUUUGACUGCAACAUUGGAGAGGAAGAUUGUGCUGCUCUGAUUUCAGCUCUAAGAUCAAACCCCUCACACCUGAUAACAUUGAAUCUUAAUUACAAUGAACUAGGGGAGUCGGGAGUAAAGCAGCUCUCUACUCUACUAAAGGAUCCACAAUGUAAACUAGAGAAACUAAAGCUGUCUAAUUGCAGUAUUAAAGAGAGAGGCUGUACUGCUCUGGCUUCAGCACUGAGAUCAAACCCCUCACAAAUGAGAAAUCUGGAUCUGAGCUGUAAUAAACCAGGAGAUUCAGGAGUGAAGCAGCUACAUGCUUUACUGAAAGAUCCACACUGUAAACUGGAGAAACUCAAGCUUUGGAAAUGCAAAAUAGGAGAACAAGGCUGUGCUGCUCUGGCUUCAGCUCUGAGAUCAAACCCCUCACACCUGAGAGAACUGAAUCUAAACUAUAAUAAACUAGGUGAUUCAGCAGUGAAGCUUCUUUCUGAUCUACUGAAGGAUCCUCAUUGUAAAGUGGAGAAACUACUGUUGUUUGAAUGCAGUAUUACAGAAGAAGUUUGUAUUGUUCUGGCUUCAGCUCUGAUGUCAAACCCCUCACACCUUAGAUUCCUCAAUUUGGGCAACAAUGAACUAGGGCACUCAGGAGUGAAGCAAAUCUCUGAUCUACUACAGAAUCCACUCUGUAAACUGGAGAAACUAUGGUUGUCUAACUGCAGUAUCACAGAGCAAGAUUGUGUUGCCCUUGCUUCAGCUCUGAGAUCAAACCCAUCACACCUGAGACAACUGAAUCUAAGUAAGAAUAAACCAGGGGACUCUGGAGUGAAGCUGCUCAAUGAUCUACGGAAAAAUCCACACUGUAAACUACAGUGA